GAGUGGUAGCGGGGCGGGGCGGGGGGAGAGUGCGCAGGCGCACAGCGGCCGCGGGCAGUGUGCUCACCCCGGGGCCUGCGCCAUGUUGUCUCCUGGCUGCAGCCUCUCCGCGAGAGCACACCGGUGUCUACAUUCUUUGCGACUAGUACGAAAGGAAUCUCUUCCUUCUCUGGGGUACACGAGAAGAUGGAUUUCCUCCUCAUCGGUAAAUUCCAGUCUCACUACACACUACACAGUGCAUCCUCGGGAGAAAGAUUCACGAUGGGAAGGAGUGAACAUGGAGCGUUUUACAGAUGAAACUGAUGUGUUGAUAGUGGGUGGAGGUCCUGCAGGUCUGUCUGCAGCCAUUCGUCUGAAACAGCUGGCAAAUGAACAUGACCAGGAACUGCGAGUGUGUUUGGUGGAAAAAGCUUCACAAAUUGGUGGGCAUAUACUUUCUGGGGCCUGCCUAGAACCAAAAGCUCUAAAUGAGCUCUUUCCAGACUGGAAGGAGAGAGGGGCUCCACUCCACACUCUAGUGAAAGAAGACGUCUUUGGUAUUUUAACAAAGAAAUACAGAAUUCCUGUUCCAAUGCUACCAGGUCUUCCCAUGAACAAUCAUGGAAAUUACAUUGUGCGUUUGGGUCAUUUUGUGAGAUGGUUGGGAGAGCAAGCAGAGCAACUCGGUGUGGAAUUGUACUCGGGCUAUGCAGCAUCGGAGGUAUUGUUCCACAAAGAUGGGAGUGUUAAAGGAAUUGCCACCAACGAUGUUGGUAUUCAUAAAGAUGGAUCACCAAAGAAUACAUUUGAAAGAGGAAUGGAGCUUCAUGCGAAAGUCACACUAUUUGGUGAAGGUUGCCACGGGCAUCUUGCCAAGCAGUUAUACAGACAGUUCAAUCUAAGAGAGAAAUGCGAAACACAGACCUACGCAAUAGGAUUAAAAGAGCUUUGGAUUAUUGAUGAGCAGAAGUGGAAACCCGGCAGAGUGGAACACACUGUGGGCUGGCCUCUGGACAGACAGACAUAUGGUGGAUCAUUUCUAUAUCACCUAAAUGAAGGGGAGCCAUUGGUGGCAUUGGGCUUUGUGGUAGGUUUGGAUUAUGCAAAUCCAUUCCUCAGCCCAUUUAGAGAAUUCCAGAGGUGGAAGCACCAUCCUAGUGUGGCACCAACCUUGGAAGGUGCAAAUAGAAUUAGCUAUGGAGCCCGUGCCCUGAAUGAGGGUGGCUAUCAGUCAAUACCGAAACUUUCUUUCCCUGGAGGAUUACUGAUUGGUUGCAGCCCUGGAUUCAUGAAUGUCCCUAAAAUCAAAGGAACUCACACUGCCAUGAAGAGUGGAAUGCUGGCUGCGGAGACGAUCUUUAAGAAACUGAAAGAUGGAAAUCACAAACCUGUGACUAAGGGACUUCAUGUACCAGAGUAUGAAGUGGAACUAAGGAAUAGCUGGAUUUGGAAGGAACUUUAUUCCGUGAGGAAUAUCCGGCCCUCCUGCCAUGUGCUGUUUGGUGUUUAUGGUGGAAUGAUUUAUACUGGAAUAUUUUACUGGAUAUUUAGAGGAAUGGAACCCUGGACACUGAAACAUAAAGGUGCUGAUCAUUCUCAGCUGAAGCCAGCUAAGGACUGUACACCCAUUGAGUACCCAAAGCCAGAUGGAAAAAUCAGCUUUGACCUUUUGUCUUCUGUGGCCCUUAGUGGGACCAAUCAUGAACAUGAUCAGCCAGCACACUUGACACUAAUGGAUGACAAUAUACCUGUAAGCAGGAACUUGGCUGAGUUUGAUGGACCAGAGCAAAGGUUCUGCCCUGCAGGUGUUUAUGAGUUUAUUCCUUUGGAAGAUGACAGUGGAAUGAAGUUGCAGAUUAACGCUCAGAACUGUGUCCACUGCAAGACCUGUGAUAUUAAGGAUCCCAGCCAGAAUAUCAACUGGGUUGUUCCAGAAGGAGGCGGAGGGCCAGCUUAUAAUGGAAUGUAAACCACAUGCUACAGUAUUACUGGUAUAUAUUGCAGCAGAAUGUUAACUCAUUACAAGCCUUUUACAGGAGUAUUAACUGUAAAUUUGAAGUUAAAUUUGCUUAUUUUCUGCAAUCGCUUUUUGUAAAACAAAUAUACCUUUCUUUCUGAUCUCACCAGCUUUAUAUACUGUUCCCUUGGAAUUGAUUCCUCCAGGAAAAUAAUUUUUAAAAAAACGUAUCCCAUGUGUUUAAAUAGAACUUUGCCUAACAGCUGCUUUUCAGUCUUUCGAUCAGGUGGUAUCAGUACUUUGGGACAUCCUCCCGAUAUGAAAGGCACUGUACAAAUAUAAUUUGUUGCUGGUACGAUGUGUAUCUUAAGAGUUCAUAUUCAAAUGCCACAAAGUGUGGAGACGCAGGCUAUGUGAACUUAUAAUAGGAAAAUCUAUUUUCAGGAAAUGUCAGCAAAGUCAUUACACUUAGCGGCAAGCAGAAUACCUUCUCCUGGUGCAGUUAAAUUGUACCAGUGUUUUAUUUUAAUUGUGCAUAUAAAGCUUUUAAUAUGGUCACAUCAUCAUUACCAAAGUCAUUGCCAACAAUGUACUUUAUAACACUACUUAUCAAUGCAGAAAAUCAUUGUAGCAUAGGAGAAAGCAAGAAUUAAAAAAAAAUUAACUGGUUUAAAAUAGUUUGAAAAUUAAUUUCACCAUAUUGUAGUGAAUGAAACUGCUUUGUUCAUUUGAUUUUAAACAGGAGCUGAGUGUACACUACUGGGUAGUUUAUGAAAAUCUAUUCUUAAAAAAAGAAAGACAGCUGCCUUAAAAAUACUUCCAAAUUAUACUUCAAAUGCAUUUAAUAUUGAAGUAUAGACUUUUUGAGAAUCAGUGGUGCUUAUGAAAUGUGCUGAGUAUCAAUCUUGUCAGCAAAUCAUACCUAGCUAUCACAGUGAAACUGGUGUGUACCUUCUACUGUUAGCAUUCAUACUGCAUUAUAAUUUAACAUGAAUGUAACAAAAUGUGGAAUGCAUUAUCAAUGAUGUACAAACCAAAAUAAUCUACAAGCCUCAAUCAGGACCGUGAACAGACAAGAUAUUAGUUACGUUAUUUGCUGGUCACAACUUGGGCUGGUGCAGUGCGCAUAUGUAAAAUGUCGCUUUUGGGCCUAUUCUGCUGAUGAUUUAUAAUUUUGUGGGAUGAUAUUGAACUUUGUAAAUAUUAACAUGUAAAUUUUGUUUAAAAAAUAAAAAUGAAAAUACACAUCUCUUA